AUGGAGGAAGUAGAUAGAUCAACAUCAAGAUUGUGGAGGGCAUAUAAGACGGUAAAGGAGAUGGUGAAAGAUAGAGGAUACUAUAUUCCACAAGAAGAAAUAGAUUUACCAUUAGAUCAGUUCAGAGAGAAGUUUUGUGACUCAAUGGGUGUUCCACAGAGGAAGCUCAUGUCAUUCCAGGCAACUCCAACACAAGAUGCAUUGGAAAAAUACGGAGAUUUGGGACCUUUAUGGGUGGAAUUCUGUGAUGAGCCUUCUGUUGGUAUUCAGACCAUGAAGAAUUUUUGCGCACAUAUAGCAGACAAGAACUUCUCAACAGGUAUAUUCAUAUAUCAGCAGAACAUGACACCAUCGGCUACAAAGGCCAUUGCUGUUGCAGAACCGGCAACUAUAGAAAUCUUCCAGGAAUCGGAAAUUGUUGUUAACAUCACACAUCACGAGUUGGUUCCUAAGCAUAUCAGGCUCUCAAACGAGGAGAAAAUCGACUUGUUGAAAAGAUACAGAUUGAAGGAGUCUCAGUUGCCUAGAAUUCAAAGCCAGGAUCCGGUUGCAAGGUACCUAGGACUAAAGAGAGGACAAGUUGUUAAGAUUAUUCGACGCUCUGAGACUGCCGGUAGAUAUGCUUCCUACAGGAUAUGUCUAUAG